AUGUCUCCUCCCAAUCCCACGCUCGCGGCCGGAGACAUAGACUCUGCCUCCGAUGAUGACCUCGAUCUCGACGAACUAGACCCUAUUGUUGAUUCGCCCCGUCGCUCAAGAUCCAACGCUCCGUCUGAGACUAGAGCCCGCCGCUCAGUAAACGGUUCCACAAACAUCGCGCUACAAAGACUCCAGAGGUACGGCGGCAGCCGCUUAUGGCCAUCUUCAGGAAAGCGGAGUGUAGGAGACGAUGGCACAGAAGAUACCGAAGGUCUUUUGGGCAGCUGGCCUGGACACACACGAGGCAAUGGUCAUGUAAGACUGUGGUCGGAAGACCAAGUCGGCUGGAAUGUCAGGCCGGAAAGAUACCAAAGAGUUGGUGGACGAGACAAUGCCCAGGGCCGGGAGGUACCCUCUCGCCGCUCCAGCAUUCGCCAGAGUAUGCAAAUCUCAGACUUUGUCAGACAAGAACUGGCGGACAUGCGUGAUAAUGAGCAGGAAUUCAGCGGGCAGGAAUCCCGCGAGGUCAACGUCGGGCAAACUCAGAAGAAACGAUUUCCCACGAAUGUCGUGUCCAAUGCCAAAUACACCGCCUGGUCCUUCUUGCCGCGAACAUUGUACAACGAAUUUUCCUUCUUCCUCAACGUCUACUUCCUCCUUGUCGCCUUGUCUCAAAUUAUACCCUUCUUGCGAAUCGGUUACAUGUCUACAUACAUUGUGCCUUUGGCGGUGGUUCUUACAAUUUCGAUUGGCAAAGAAGCAAUAGACGACAUCGUGCGGCGGCGACGAGAUGCAGAAGCAAACGCCGAACUAUUCACUGUGGUGUCUUUCUCCGAUACGGCCCGGGAUGGUGUGCUGGAAGUCCAGAAGCGGUCGCGAGAUAUCAAAGUCGGUGACGUUCUGAAACUUGAGAAGAACCACAGGGUUCCUGCGGAUCUGGUCCUCCUUCAGAGUCAUCUAACGGAGCUGACGGUCGAUGCGGGCUCUGAUUCUACAGCUGCUCCUCCAGCUCAGGCUGCAGGGGAAACCUUCAUCAGGACGGAUCAGCUAGACGGAGAGACUGACUGGAAGCUACGGCUCCCGAGCCCGUUGAGUCAAAAUCUCAACCUGAAAGAUCUGCAACGACUCAAGGUCACCGCUGGCGCUCCUGAUAAGAAAGUCAAUGAAUUCGUAGGGACUUUGGAGCUUCAACCAAGUCUGGCACCAGCUUACGAUCCCCAUGUGCUCAAGGAUGACCGUGCAGAAGACGGCACAAGCUCAACCGACUUGGAACACACCGCGGUUAACAGGCAGCAAUCGGCACCCUUGACUAUUGACAAUACGGCAUGGGCCAACACGGUGUUGGCCUCUAGCACCAUAACAUAUGGCGUGGUCAUCUACACGGGUAAACAGACUCGAUCUGCUCUCUCGACGUCACCAUCGAGGUCAAAAACUGGUCUUUUGGAACUGGAAAUCAACAACUUGACCAAAAUCCUCUGUAUCAUGACCCUAACCCUUUCCAUCAUUCUUGUCGCCCUCGAAGGGUUUGAGCCAUCCAACAAGAAGCCAUGGUAUGUGGCAAUUACGAUUUAUCUGAUUCUGUUUUCGACAAUCAUUCCAAUCAGUCUGCGCGUGAAUCUUGACAUGGCCAAAUCGGUGUAUGCUUAUUUCAUUCACCAGGACAAAGGGAUUCCAGGCACGGUCGUCCGUACCAGUACUAUCCCUGAAGAUCUAGGUCGAAUAGAGUACCUGCUCUCUGACAAGACUGGGACACUCACCCAGAAUGAGAUGCAACUUCGGAAGAUACAUGUUGGUACAGUUGCAUAUGCAGGAGAGGCAAUGGAAGAAGUCGCAGCAUAUGUUGAUCAAGCAUUCGCAGCUGAUGGGAGCCGAGAUGUUCAUGUCUCAGAGUUGGGUGCAGCGACGAAGACCCGACGAGAGAUCGGCGUCCGUGUCCGCGAUCUCGUACUCGCCCUUGCGUUAUGCCACAAUGUUACGCCUACUGCGGACGAGGUUGACGGAGAAAGAGUAGUGUCCUAUCAGGCAUCAUCUCCUGACGAGAUUGCCAUUGUCGAGUUCACUGAAAGCGUGGGUCUACGUCUCCUUCAGCGCGACAGGGAGAAUAUUGUUCUCCAAAGUGUCUCUACAAAGCAGGUGGUCAUCCGAGCAGAGAUCAAAGACAUCUUCCCUUUCACUUCCGACAGCAAGCGCAUGGGUAUCAUCGUACACCUCUCUUCAGAGGUACCCGGACUGUCGCAUAUAGAUGAAAUGUGGUUCUUCCAGAAAGGCGCAGAUACGGUGAUGAGUGCCAUUGUGGCAGCAAAUGAUUGGCUGGACGAGGAAACGGCCAACAUGGCGCGUGAAGGGCUUCGGACACUUGUCGUAGGCCGCAAAAAGCUGUCGCCAGAGCAAUACAGGAACUUCGCUUCCGAGUAUGCGGAUGCAUCAUUGGCAUUGCAUGAUCGAGACGCACGAAUGGCUGCAGUUGUCCAGAAGCACCUCGAGCAUGAUCUCGAGCUUUUGGGCGUGACGGGAGUUGAAGACCGCUUGCAAAAGGAUGUCAAGCCCUCUCUCGAACUGCUUCGCAACGCUGGCGUCAAGAUAUGGAUGCUUACGGGUGACAAGAUCGAGACAGCGCGGUGCGUGGCAAUUUCUGCUCGGUUGGUCGCACGAGGCCAACAUAUUCAUACAAUGGCCAAGUUGAAAGCUAAAGCGCAGGGUAAGGACGCGUUGGAUGUGUUGCGCAACCAGACUGACACAUGUCUGCUCAUCGACGGCGAGUCAUUGGCUCUCAUGCUCAGCCAAUUCCGACAUGAGUUCAUCACAAUAGCGGUCCAGUUGCCCGCAGUGAUUGCCUGUCGCUGUUCGCCAGCGCAGAAAGCUGACGUUGCGCACUUGAUUCGCAAACACACCAAGAAGCGCGUGUGCUGCAUUGGGGAUGGUGGCAACGACGUCAGCAUGAUCCAAGCUGCCGAUGUCGGCAUUGGGAUCGUCGGCAAAGAAGGACGACAGGCUUCACUGGCGGCCGAUUUCAGCAUUGAGCAGUUCUGCUAUCUGACCAAGUUGCUGGUGUGGCACGGCCGCAACAGCUACAAACGGUCGGCGAAGUUGGCUCAAUUUAUCAUUCACCGGGGAUUGAUCAUCAGCGUAUGUCAGACGAUGUACAACAUCGCCGGACACUUCGACCCCAAGGGCCUCUUCAAAGAUUGGUUGAUGGUUGGGUAUGCCACUGUUUACACCAUGGCCCCUGUCUUCUCUCUUGUGCUCGAUCGAGACGUCGACGAGCAAGUCGCCAAUCUCUAUCCCGAACUAUACAAAGAACUCAAGUCAGGAAAGAGCCUGAGCUAUCAGACUUUCUUCACCUGGGUGUUAGUGUCGGUCUAUCAGGGGAUUAUUAUCCAGGGUCUGUCACAACUUCUCGUCGGGGAAGUUGACGGGCCUCGCAUGCUCAGUGUCAGCUUCACCGUCCUGGUUCUGAAUGAGCUUAUCAUGGUUGCUGUAUCGGUUACGACCUGGCACCCUAUCAUGAUUGUUUGUAUUGUCGGCACUGCGGUACUCUACGGCGCGAGCGUGCCCUUCCUGGGGGACUAUUUCGAUUUGGCAUAUGUGGCUAGCUGGAGUUGGGCGUGGAGGGUGGCAGCCGUGGGAGCGAUCAGUCUCGUGCCGGUUUGGGGAGGGAAGAUCAUUAGACGGACGUGGAAACCGCCAAAUUAUCGCAAGGUACAAGAGCAUCAAAAUAUGAUAUACAAGGCUCGCUCAGACCCUGAUGUGGACAAGGCUGGACAGCGUAAGGCUCUCGGCCGAGAACCCAAAAGUGGGGAAGAGGCCGCCUGGUGGUCCCUCACUUCGCCCACCGCCAUGUAA